AUGUUCGGUGUGCCAAAAAAGCCAAGGUUUCUAAAAAGUCCAGAAGGUUCAGUGCCAAAGUUGAUGUUUGAUUUAUACAAAUCUUUACAACAGCAUGAAGGGUCACAGGACAGAAAAACUAUAAGUGUUUCUAAAAUUGGUCAGUAUGAUGACCGUACCAUUCAAGAAAGUCAUUAUUAUCACAUUAUACCUAUUAAACCAUUGCAAGUAUAAUUACCAACACAGAUUCUUAAAGACUAGUUUUUAUAACAACUUUAUUUAACAUUUACCUAUCCUUUUAUAGGAUAUAAAUAUUAGUUGUAUUUUUUGUGCAUCAAAAACAGUAAUAUAUAAUCUGUAUGUUAAAGUAAUUUUGAUGAUGGGUACUUUGUUUCAUUCAAAAUGACGGGACUUUUUUUAUAUUUUUAGUAAAGAUGUACAUUUUAUAUUCCAGUCAUUGAUACUAUUAGUGUUUUAACAUAACUAUAGGUAUAUUCGUUAAUAAAUAUUAAAAACAAUUUUGCUUUUAUAUGUAAUUAGGAGGUACCUAUCUACUAACUAAAUUAUAAUAAAAAUUAAAAACAAAACUUUUAAAUUUGUAUUAUUUAUUACUAUUAUUAUUAUUAUCUAUUAUUUAUUUUCAGUUUCAAUGAGUUAUGUAUGCCAUGAACAUGGAGAACAAAUUUGAUUUGAUUUAAAAGAUGUUCAAUCAGAACAAACUCAUUUAAUUACAUCAGCUGAAUUUCUUGUAUACCAAUCUAGUAUUAAAAAAAACUAUUCAGUGACUUUAUAUAAAGUUUUGAUUUUAAACAGCAGGUAAGUUGUAUUAUUUGAAUAUAUAAAUUAUUAUCUACCUGAAUGCAAAGAGGGUAUAGUGUUUACUGUUUUGGUUUCAUGUAUAUAUGUAUUUGUCUGUGUGAAUUUCUAUAUUUUACUGUAAUUAAUAAAAUCAUAUUAAAAAUUAAUGGGAUGAUUGUAAAUAAUCAAAUCAUUUAUUAUAUUAUAUCUGUACCAUUAGUUAAAUAUGUUAGAAAAAAAUCUUCUAAAUAUGUUAGCAUAGUGACAUUCACAAGAUGUACCAAUUCAGUUUCAGACUUGGAUCUCAAUUGCUUAUUAUUUUCAUCAAUUUUGUUCGCAUUUCCACAUUUAUAGUUUUUAUUUUACUUUUUUUUUUUAACAGAAAAGAAUUGGAAUAUGUAGAUUGGUUGAUAGAGUGGUUAUGGUUUAAAACAGUAGGAGUUUUGAUCUUAUGGAUUCAUUCAUAUCCUUAUUCACUUCCUAGUGAAAGUUAGUAAUAUAAUUAGCAAAUAAUUCUGAGGAAUGGAGUUUAAUACUGUGAAAAAUGCACAUUACAGUAAAUUCCAUUACUACCAUCUCUAAUUAUUAAUAAGUAAUCAAUAUAUGUAUUUGUUUUAUUUUCUCAUUGUUUGAUAAAUCUAAAUAAACUUUUAGUUUUAAAAAAGACAUUGUUAGAUCACAAACCAGAAGAAAUUGAUAUGGUUACUUGAGCGAAUAAAAUCAGUUGUCCGAAUCAAUAAUACCAUUCAUGGUAGUUUACUUAAAAUCUAGAAAUUAUGGAGUAAUAAUUGGUAACCUUUCUCUUCAAAAACAUAGACGCAGAAGAAAAACUACCUAUAGAAUUGAGUUCAAAUAUUAAUCUAUUACAAAGUAAGAUAAAUAUAUUUGAUCAGCUAUAAUAUUUAUAAUUUGACUUGUUUUUAAUAAUAGAGUGACAUCUCUUUUCCAGUUUUCCCUACUUAA